CACCCCAAAUUUCCCAGACUCCUUUUGUGUCUUUGGCUAAUUACCUUGCUUAGCCUCACCAGUAGUACAGAAUCAGCACCCGAUUACAGCGCUGACUACUGCGUCAACACAACGUUGUUCUCCGCCAACAGUACCUACCAAACCAACCUCAACCUCAUCCUCUCUUCUCUUACCUCAAACUCCACAGACAACAGUGGAUUCCACAACGCCUCAGCUGGAGGGAACACUCCUGACGAAGACGUGGUCUCUGGUCUCUUCCUCUGUCGUGGCGACGUCAACACCACAGUCUGUCAAGACUGCGUUGCCACUGCAAAACAAGAGCUAUUACGGCGGUGUCCUCUAAACAAAGUCGCUAUAAUGUGGUACGAUGAGUGCCUUUUGCGUUACUCAAACCAAUCCAUCCUCGCUACCAUCAACGAAGUGCCUGGGUUUGACUUGCCCGGUUCGCAGAAUAUCACAGAGGCGGAGAGUGAUCGGUUUAACGAUGUGUUGGCCAGCGCGAUGAACUCUUUGGCGACGAAAGCGUCGAACUCUAACUCGGACAAGAAGUUUGCGACGGAGGAAGAUGAGGUUACGAGUUCAAAGAAGCUGUAUAGUCUCGGGCAGUGCACGCCGGACUUGACUGUGUCUGAUUGCUAUAGGUGUUUUCGAAGUGCCAUAGGAGAUCUUCCUACGUGUUGUAAUGGAAAACAAGGUGCAAGAGUUGUGCUCCCAAGUUGUAACAUCAGAUAUGAAGUGUACCCAUUUUACAACAUCACAUCUGCUUCGCCUAUACUUCCUCCGCUUGCUCCACAAGGAGAAAAAAAAUUGUCGUCGCUAACAAUUGUUGCCAUUGUUAUCCCAAUUGCUGUUUCUGUGGUUCUUCUCUUCAUUGGCUGUUGCUUCUUUUGUCGGAGAGCAAGGAAGAAGUAUAAUACUUUACCAGACGAAAAUGGUGGAGUCGAAAUUACAAAUGUAGAGUCCUUGCAGUUUGACUUAGAUAUCGUUGAAGCUGCCACAAACAAGUUCUCAGAGGAUAAUAAGAUAGGUGAAGGAGGAUUUGGUGCUGUUUACAUGGGUACCCUUCCGAAUGGACAACAUAUAGCUGUGAAAAGAUUAUUGGUAAGAUCUGGACAGGGCGCAGUAGAAUUUAAAAAUGAGGUUGUAUUGGUAGCCAAGCUUCAACACAGAAAUCUAGUGAGACUAUUAGGAUUUUGCUUGGGAGGAGAAGAGAAGAUACUCGUCUAUGAAUAUGUUCCCAACAAAAGCAUUGAUUACUUUCUAUUUGAGCCAUCAAAGCAAGGAGAAUUGGAUUGGUCAAAACGUUACAAGAUUAUAGAAGGAAUCGCCCGAGGGAUUCUUUAUCUUCAUGAAGAUUCUCGACUUAGAAUUAUUCAUCGUGAUGUCAAAGCUAGCAAUGUUUUGUUAGAUGAUGAUAUGAACCCAAAAUUUUCAGAUUUUGGCAUGGCAAGGAUAUUUGUAGUAGAUCAAACUCAAGCGAAUACAAAUAGAAUUGUUGGAACAUUUGGUUAUAUGUCUCCGGAGUAUGCUAUGCAUGGACGAUAUUCUGUGAAGUCUGAUGUGUUUAGCUUUAGAGUCUUAGUUCUAGAGAUUAUAAGUGGCAAAAAGAAUACCCAUUUCUAUCAAUCAGAACUUGCUGAAGACCUAUUGAGUUAUGCUUGGAAACAAUGGAGGAAUGGAACACCCUUGGAAUUGUUGGAUCCCUCUUUGAGAAAUUCUUAUUCAAGAAAUGAAGUUAUUAGGUGCAUCCAUAUGGGCUUGUUAUGCGUUCAAGAAAAUCCUGCACAUCGACCUACAAUGGCAACAAUAGCUCUCUUGCUUAACAGUUAUUCUGUUACGCUACCAUUACCUCAGCAAUCGGCAUUUUUGCAUCGAAGCAGAGCAAAGCUAAACAAGCCAAUAACGGAGCUUGAGUCUGAUCAGCAUACAAGCCAAUCAAAAGGAUGGUCUGUUAAUGAAGCAUCAUUCACUGAAAUAUAUCCUCGAUAGUUUGACUAGACAAGAUGCUUUUCAAAAUCAGUAUGUAUUAGCAAGUGGUGGAACUUCUAUUCCGGUUCUCAGAUAGCCCUUGUUUGUGGACUGAAAACUGUAAACAAUCGUAAAUAUAAGUUCCCUGUUAAUUAGAACUGACAUCAGUACGAUAUCAAAGUUGAGUGUCAAUUGUAUUUUUCAUAUGGUAGGUUAAUUUUGGAUGGGGGUGAAUGGCACUUCCUCAAUAUUCCAUUCUCAUCAUGGUGGAGGAUGAGGUAUUUUAA